UCUAGGUUCCGUCGCAGACCGGUUGAUCUGGUAGCCGCGCGUGCGAAUCAAGUUGGUGUCCGUACGGCAGUCGGAUUAGGGAGCCACAGGUAAUCAGUCAGACAUAAACUAUAGAGUGGACGAUAGAGCGUUGCAACGGUGGUUCCCCUUUGCCGGUUGGUUGGACCCCGUGCCGGCCGUUAAAAUCGGAGCGAACCAAAAAUGUAACACAUUCACUGACCGAAUACUGAGUGUUUUGAUUUUUUUUCGUGAAUUAAUGAAUAGAAGAUGUAAAGGAAGCGAAGAACUAAAUCAAAGUGAUAAUUCCUUUGAUUUAACCGAAAAGUGAAAUAUGUAUAUAAAUGAUUUUUUUUUAAAUAAGUUUAGAUCUCCGUUAUGGAGUGCAGUACUUGGUGUACGUUUUUCGUGAUUUUGAACCAUGUGGUACAAUACGAGUAACAGUCACGUGGGAGUGGUAAUCAUUAUUAUUGUGAAAAAAUAACAAAAUCUGAAGGAAACGAGAGAGCAAAUUAAAACUCCAUUUCACAUUAAUCCCCUUGCAACUCUGGAUGUGCAUCCAUUAGUCACAGGCAGCCACCGGUUUGGGACGAAUGUGUGGAAAGAACUAUAUGCCAUCUCCUUUCCACUGAAAAAAAUAUGGAGGGGGAAUUCCCGCUAGCUUCGGUACAGAUAAAACAGAUGAAGGAGCUCCGUAAUCGUUUGGCCAGCGUCCAACUGUAAGCAAGUGUCUGGGAGAAAUCAUCAUAAUGCGGUCGUUUGAUAACGGCCACUGUUUCUUGGAGCAUUGUCAACCGCGUUGUGACAACUACUACCGCCAAAAUCAAGGCCGCGGCAAAAAUGGGCUCUUGCUAAAUCUUGCCGUUGUUGGCUUUCCAUUAUCCGGAAGGAUUUCGACGCUGCAAAAGCACGACCGUCGGCUGUUGGCGAUGCGGAAUGUUAGUGAUUUUGUGUUGAAUAUUUUCUGUGGCACUUCGGCAAGGCCGUACAAGUUUUACAGUGCAAAGCAUGGCGCUUACUUUGGAAUGUGAUACGUUUGAAACAAAGAAGCAAGAAGAGUGUGUUACCCCCGUCCUAUGUGCAAAGGCAGUGCUAUGAAAAAGAAGGGUGAUUGUUACUACACGAGUUUAGGCUAAUUGAAAACCAAAUCAUGCUCAAAUCAAAACGUGCAUUCAUACUAUCAGUGAUAUCAUUGCUAAGCUCAUUGAUCUGUUCUGUCGAAGGCGAAUAUCGUACCUCAAGCAAUGCAAGCAAUACCGAAUAUAGUUACCACAAGUACAAUUAUACCUCAAUCUAUGGCAGUAAUAGUAGGCCCGACAUCACCACCACCACCAGCACCAGCAGCAAUGGCAUCCAGCAUAAAAAUGCCAAAACGAUGAAAGGACUCCGGUGGCUUCGAUCGCCCUCGACACCUACCCUUAACGUAAAGGCUAUCUAUCAAUACGCAAUAAGUGACAACGAGUACAAUGCAUCGGCUCUCCGCAGCAGCACUCAGCCGCCAUCCCGAGUUCCGUCGGAUCAGCACGAAUCUCACAUUAAGUUUGCUAUUCUUCUACCAGAAAAGCCUCGCGGUGGGCGACCGGACAUCCGUACUCUUUCCACUGUUCGACCUAUCAUCGAAAUGGCCACCAAGGUUGUUACCGGGCCCGGUGGAGUGUUGCGGAAUGUGAAAAUUGAAAUCGACUACCGCGAUACCCAAUGUUCGUCGACUUAUGGUGCACUUGGGGCAUUUGAUAUUUUUCUAAAUCGCAAACCAGACGUCUUCUUUGGCCCAAUCUGCGAUUACGUGAUUGCUCCGAUCGCGCGGUACAACUCGGUCUGGGGAAUCCCGAUUCUCACCACUGGCGGUCUAACGGAAGCGUUCUCCAUCAAGUCGCCAAAUUAUCUCACCCUGACGCGGAUGAUGGGCAGCUAUAGCGAUUCCGGGCUGGCGGUGCGGGAAAUUUGCAAACACUUCAACUGGACCAUUCAGUCGUUCAUCUAUCAUGACAACACCGAGCAGAGCGGAAAGGGCCACUCGGAUUGCUCGAUGGCAAUUUCGUCGAUCUUUCGGGCGCUGAACGCCACGGACAACUUCUCACACCAUUUCGACGAAAGUGAAACAGAUUACAAGGAGUAUCUGCGGAUUUUAACGCGAACGAAGAAAAGAAGUCGAAUUGUCAUUAUGUGUGCCAGUCCAGCUACCAUCCGGGAAAUCAUGCUCGCAGCAGCCGAACUGAAUAUGGUCGACAGUGGUGAAUAUGUUUUCUUCAAUAUCGAAAUAUUCAGCAGCAUGGCCGCUACGAAGAAACCGCCCUGGUUUAUGAAAAAUGACACGGCGGAGCGAAACAUGAAGGCGAAGAAUGCUUAUACGGCUCUGCUACAGGUGGUCGCUCGACAGCCGGAGAACGAAGAAUACCGUCGCUUUUCCGAGGAGGUCAAAGAACUUACCAAAACCAGAUUCAACUAUACGUACGCUGACGAUGAACCAGUGUCCACCUUUGUCACGGCAUUCUACGAUGCAGUGCUACUGUACGCCUACGCCCUAAACGACAGUAUUACUCAGCUAGGCGAAUACCAAGCACUAAAGCAGCCCAUCAACGGAACCAACCUAGUUCAUCUGAUGUGGGGCAAAUCGUUCAAAGGAAUUACCGGAAACGUUUCUAUCGAUUCGAACGGGGAUAGAGUUUCCGAUUAUUCGCUACUGGAUCUUAAUCCCAACACGGGGAUGUUUGAGAUAGUAGCAAACUACUUUCACGACGGAGGACUACAAUUUGUGUCCGGGAAGGAAAUCCAUUGGUCUGGAGGCAAAACCAAAGCUCCACCGGAUCGCCCUACUUGUGGAUUCGACGGAUCACUUUGUCCGGAUAACUCCCUUCCAGGUUAUGCUAUCCUUUCUUUGAUUCUCGGCCUAUGCGUUAUAUGCAUGGGUAUCGCAUCAAUCCUCGGCUAUCGGCAUUAUAAGCUCGAAGCGGAAAUUAAUUCCAUGACUUGGAAGGUACACGCGAACGAGGUGCUCUCUUGUAAUCCCAGCCGAGGUCACCGAGGAAGCUUACAUCUGAUGACAAGGCGAGGUAGUCAAGCCACGAUUUAUUCCGAAGACUUCAAUUCCUUACCUGGCGAUCGGCAAAUCUACAUUAAUUUUGGGUUCUACAAAGGCUGCAAAGUGGCAAUCAAAAAGAUCAACAUUCACAAUCUGAACCUGAACCGUAGCUUGAUGCUGGAAUUCAAACGCAUGAAGGACCUACAGCACGACCAUCUUGUUCGAUUCUACGGUGCUUGUCUUGAACCCAACCCGGAACCGUUCAUACUUACCGAGUACUGCCCAAAAGGGUCUUUGCAGGACAUCCUGGAAAACGAAACGAUUAAACUGGACUGGAUGUUCAAAUUAUCGUUGAUGCAUGACAUUGUCAAGGGUAUGGCGUUCCUUCAUUCCACUGAGCUUCACUCGCAUGGCUCUCUGAAAUCAUCCAACUGUGUGGUAGACUCCAGGUUUGUUCUAAAAAUCACCGACUUUGGGCUUCAUCAACUGAGGAGGCCCACCGAAGAGCAAGAUCAAGAAAGUUAUGCCUAUUGGAAAAAACAACUUUGGACAGCUCCGGAACUUCUGCGCAACUUGAUUCCUGAUCCAGCUGGUACGCCUAAAGGAGACGUCUACUCAUUUGGCAUCAUUGUUCAGGAGAUUGUGUCACGUCAAGGGCCGUUCUUCAUUGGAGAUGAUGAAAAAUCCCCAAAAGAAAUUAUCAAACUAGUCAAAAAUGGACCUGAGGCGUACAACGCACCGUUUCGACCGAAAGUGGACGAAACCUCGUACGAGGACGUAAACAACCUCAUGGUCAAGUGCUGGGCAGAGGACCCGGCCGAUCGUCCAGAUUUCAGCUGUUUGAAAACAAGCAUUAGAAAAAUCAAUAAAGAAAACGAAUCUGGUAAUAUAUUAGAUAAUUUAUUGAAACGCAUGGAAUUGUAUGCAAAUAACCUAGAGACAUUAGUUGAAGAGCGUACACAAGACUAUUUCGAGGAAAAGCGCAAGUGCGAGGAACUCCUGUACCAGCUGCUGCCAAAGUCCGUGGCGGCACAGCUGAUUAUGGGCAAAUCUGUGAUAGCCGAAACCUAUGAUCAAGUAACCAUUUAUUUUAGUGAUAUUGUUGGUUUUACGUCCAUAUCCGCUCAGAGCACACCGAUGCAGGUGGUGGACCUGCUCAAUGAUCUCUACACCUGCUUCGACUCCAUUGUGGAAAAUUUCGAUGUCUACAAGGUCGAAACCAUCGGUGACGCUUACAUGGUUGUAUCCGGUUUGCCGAUGCGCAACGGAAAUCUUCACGCAAGGGAAAUCUCUCGCAUGGCGCUGGCUUUGCUUGGUGCCGUGUACAAGUUCACUAUCCGCCAUCGGCCCAACGAACAGCUCAGGUUAAGGAUAGGCUUACACUCCGGCCCUUGUGUAGCCGGUGUGGUAGGCUUGAAAAUGCCCCGCUACUGUUUAUUCGGCGACACGGUUAACACCGCCUCUCGGAUGGAGUCCAAUGGCGAAGCGUUAAAAAUUCACAUUAGUCAUAAUACAAAAAGCCUUCUGGACACAUUCGGUACGUUCGAUGUGACGGAGCGUGGCCUGGUAAAGAUGAAGGGUAAAGGCGAAAUGUUGACGUAUUGGUUGAACGGCGAGAAGACUGAAUCAUUACACGCAACGUUUAGGACAAAUCGGCUGACGGACGAUAGUCUGCCGGAAAAUGGUCCAUUGACUCUUUUGAACGGCGUUCCACCCACUGGAAUUCUCAACAACAAUAACAACAGUAACAUGUACAGUUUAAACAACAGCAGCGGCGUAAUCAACAAAAAGCUCAACAACGUGUCGUACAAUUUCAUCAAGUCAAACAGCACAAAGAAUUUGAUGAACACCAAAGGAAGGCUGAGUCUCGGUGGCGAGGACACGAUUCGCAGCGUGACCCAACCUCUGCUCACGCAAAUCAACUAACUAUCGCUUCAUCGAAAUUAAUGCCACCUGUGCACUAAGUGUAUAACGGAAUUUACGCAGAUUAACGUACCUAACUAAUAGAAUAGGACAUAUUUUAGCGCUGGAACAGAAUGGGUAAACCGAAAACGGCAAUAAAUGGCGUCUAAACGUAUUGAAAGUGAUAAGGACAAAGAAUGUGUUGAAUGUGAAAAAAAUAUACCAAAAUUUGUCUAUAUUCAAGUAUGUUAGAUUAUUAUUUUGACAAUGCAGUUUAUGUACUUACGAUUUUUGUGAUCCAUUUCUUAGUCCUAGACGUAUGUGUAAAAGCUGACUGUAAGAAAGCAAGACUUUUUUCUAUUGACUCACCAAUCAAACAUCGAGAGUGGAAAAUAAAAAUUAAAACCGCCAAUAAAUACAGGAAACUGCUGCAAAAUUAUCAAUACUGUUAAAUGCGAUUGAGGCUGGCUACACACAAGCUGGCCCCUUUAUGUUGAAAAGUAAUGUUCAAAUAGUCCAAACAUUGGAAAACAAUCAACAAAAAUAAAAUAUUUACAAAUAUGA